ACGACAGGCGGACGGAGCUGCAGAGAAACGACAACAAACCUGAGGGCCGGAGACUGAGUGAGUUUGAAAUGACGUGGCGUGAGCUACGGAGUCGGCAGUUCUGGCGAGCCAUGCUGGCAGAGCUGCUCGGCACCCUGGUGUUAGUGAGUGCCGUGCUGGGCGCCUCUGUGCCGGGCCCAGGAGAGGCCCCUGGGGGACCCCUGUACCCAGCUGUGGCCGUGGGUGUGGUGAUUGUUGCACUGGGACACUGUUUUGGAGAAAUAAGUGGUGCACAGGUGAACCCGGCAGUGACUCUGUCUCUGUUGGCCACUCGGAGGGUGGACGUCCUCAGGGCCCUUUUCUACAUCGCAGUGCAGUGUCUGGGGGCCUCUCUGGGGGCCGGGGCCCUCUACCUGGCCCUGCCGCUGAAAACCACCGCGGAACACUUUGUCAACAGGGUGCCUCUGGAGUUGACCGCAGCCCAGGCGCUGGGUAUUGAGGUUCUGUGCACCUUCCAGAUGGUCUUCACUAUUUUCUCAGUGGAGGACCAGCGGCGGAGGGAGAGUCCAGAACCAGGAAACUUAGCCAUCGGAUUAGCUCACACAGCUGGAGUGUUAAUAGGGGCCCGGUUCUCUGGUGCGUGUAUGAAUCCGGCUCGUGCUCUGGGUCCAGCCAUCAUCGUCGGGUUCUGGGAAAAUCACUGGGUUUACUGGAUAGGCCCGGUGCUCGGUGCUUUGCUAGGUGGAGUGUCCCAUGAGUUCCUCUUCGCACGCAGCGCCUCUCGCCAGAAGCUGGUGGCAUGUCUGACCUGUAAGGACAUCGAGAUCGUGGAGACAGCCAGUAUGACUGGAUCAUCCUUGUCCACGGUCACACAGAACGCCAUGAGAGCCAAGCAGGCCAACAAACAAGACAACAAUUGAGGACAUGUGAAUUAAAAGAGAAAAGGCACAUAGAAUCAAUGAUUACAGCAAUAUUACAGUGAUUUGAUGAUGUAUAGUGUACAGUGGAUGUCAUGCAGUUUAGAGAGGGCAGUGGGGGGGAACCAACAAAAAGGGAUUCUGUGGAAACUAACGUAUGAAAACACCAGUUUUCAAUAAUAAUAGUUUGGUAAAUGUAAUAAUGACAAAAGACACAGAGACUGACUGAUGAGAGAGGUUAUUGUACAGUGGCAAAAGAAAAGUGAGUCCGUAUACAUUCAUAUAUUUUUCCAUAGAUACAGUUACAUAUGUAGGUAAAUACAUUUAUGUAUAAAUUAGUCACAAUA